GGCGUGGCGAUGGUGCUGGUGCUGUUGGUGGCCAUCCCGCUGCUCGUGCACAGCUCCAAGGCGGCCGCGCACUACGAGAUGCUGGGGAGCUGCCGCAUGGUCUGCGACCCCUACCCCGAGCCGCCCCCCCCGGCCUCCCCGCAGCCCCCCCCGGGCCGCCGGGGCCGCGCCGGAGCGCGGGGACCUCCCGGCCCCCCCGGCCCGCGGGGGCCUCCGGGCGAGCCGGGCCGGCCGGGCCCGCCGGGACCCCCGGGGCCGGGACCCGGGGGGUACAUCCCGUCCUUCUACAGCCCCAAAAUCGCCUUCUACGCGGGGCUGCGGAAGCCCCACGAGGGCUACGAGGUGCUGCGGUUCGACGACGUGGUGACCAACGUGGGCAACUACUACGAGCCCUCCAGCGGCAAGUUCACGUGCCCCCUGCCCGGCAUCUACUUCUUCACCUACCACGUCCUCAUGCGCGGCGGGGACGGCACCAGCAUGUGGGCAGACCUCAUGAAAAACGGGCAGGUCCGUGCCAGCGCCAUCGCGCAGGACGCGGACCAGAACUACGACUACGCGAGUAACAGCGUCAUCCUGCACCUGGACGUGGGCGACGAGGUGUUCGUGAAGCUCGAUGGGGGCAAAGUGCACGGGGGCAACACCAACAAGUACAGCACCUUCUCCGGCUUCAUCAUCUACCCCGACUGACCCUUCGGGACGGGGAGGGGGCUCGGGAUGCUGGGACGGGGGUCCUGCCCCCCGCUGCUCUCCCCGCCCCACGACCCGCAGCCCUCGCUCAUAAAACCCAUAAAACUACCCCAAAACCACCCCAAAAAUACCCCCAAGUCCAGCACCUUCUCCGGCUUCAUCAUCUACCCUGCCUGACCCCGCCUCGUGACGUGGGGAGGGGGCUCAGGGAGCUGGGGUGGGGUCAUGCCGCCCCAUCCCCUGCAGCGCCCACCUGUAAAAAGCAUCAUAACUCCCCGAAAAUACCCCCAAACCGCCACCCCCCCCGCAUGCCGCCACUCCCGAGGGGGGAAGGGGGUUCCAGUGUUGU